AUGAGCAAUAAAGAAGGUGAGAUUGAUGAAGGUCUCUAUUCACGUCAAUUAUACGUCUUAGGUAAAGAGGCUAUGCUUAAAAUGCAGCAUUCUAAUGUUUUAAUCAUUGGUCUAAAAGGUUUAGGUAUCGAAAUCGCUAAGAAUGUCGCUUUAGGUGGUGUUAAAUCAUUAUCUAUAUACGAUCCAACUCCUAUUGUCAUUCAAGAUCUUUCUUCUCAAUUUUUCUUGAAUGAAAGUGAUAUUGGUAAACAAAGAGAUCAAGUAUCAAGAGAUAAAUUAGCAGAAUUGAAUGGUUAUGUUCCAAUUAAAGUAGUUGAAUCACUAGCUGAUCAUUCUAAAUUGUCUGAAUUUCAAGUCAUAGUUACAACUGAUACCAUGAGCUUGGAAGAAAAAAUUAAAUUGAAUGAAUUCUGUCACCAAAAUAAUAUUAAAUUUAUCUCUACAGAAACCAGAGGUUUAUUUGGUAAUUUGUUUGUUGAUUUUGGUAAAGAAUUUACAGUUAUAGAUCCAACCGGUGAAGAACCACGUACUGGUAUUGUUUCGGAUAUUGAAGAAGAUGGUACUGUCACAAUGCUAGAUGAUAAUAGACAUGGUUUAGAAGAUGGUAAAUAUGUGAAAUUCAGUGAAGUUCAAGGUUUAGAAAAAUUAAAUGACGGUACUUUAUUUAAAGUCGAAGUCUUGGGCCCUUUUGCCUUCCGUAUUGGUUCUGUUAAGCAAUAUGGUAAAUAUAUUAAAGGCGGUAUCUUUACUGAAGUUAAAGUUCCCCAAAAGAUUUCUUAUAGAACUUUUAGGGAGAAUUUAACCGAACCUGAGUACACUUACUCAGAUUUUGCUAAAUUUGAUAGAUCUAGUCAAUUACAUUUAGGUUUCCAAGCUUUACAUCAAUUUCAAGUGAAGCAUCAAGGCCAAUUACCAAGACCAAUGAAUAAAGGAGAUGCUAACGAAUUGGUUAAAUUAGUGACUGAUUUAGCUGUUCAACAAACUUCUAUACUUGGUGAAGGCGUUGAAGUCAACGAAAAAAUAAUUACAGAGUUAUCUUAUCAGGCAAGAGGUGAUAUUCCAGGGAUGGUUGCUUUCUUUGGUGGUUUGGCUGCCCAAGAAGUUAUGAAAGCCUGUUCUGGUAAGUUUACCCCAUUAAAACAAAUUAUGUACUUUGAUUCAUUAGAAUCUUUACCUGACUCGAAACAAUUUCCAAGAACCGAAUCUACAACAAAACCAAUAUGCAGUCGUUAUGAUAACCAAAUUGCUGUCUUUGGUCAAGAUUUCCAGAAAAAGAUCGCUAACUCAAAAGUUUUUUUGGUCGGUUCAGGUGCCAUUGGUUGUGAAAUGUUGAAAAACUGGGCUUUGAUUGGGUUAGGUUCAGGUGAAAAAGGUCAUAUAGUUGUUACAGAUAAUGAUUCCAUCGAAAAAUCUAAUUUAAACCGUCAAUUCUUAUUUAGACCAAAAAAUGUUGGUGGUAAUAAAUCAGAAGUUGCUGCUGCUGCUGUGAUUGCUAUGAACCCAGAUUUACAAGGCAAAAUAACUGCCAAGAUCGAUAAAGUUGGCCCUGAGACUGAAAAUACUUUCGACGAUGCAUUCUGGUCGAAUUUAGAUUUUGUCACUAACGCUUUAGAUAAUAUUGAUGCACGUACUUAUGUUGAUCGUAGAUGUGUCUUUUUCAGAAAGCCAUUAUUAGAAUCUGGUACUUUGGGUACUAAGGGUAACACUCAAGUUGUUAUUCCAAAUCUAACAGAAUCUUACUCUUCCUCCAGAGAUCCACCUGAAAAGUCUAUUCCAUUAUGUACUUUACGUUCUUUCCCUAAUAAGAUUGAUCAUACUAUUGCUUGGGCUAAGUCUUUAUUCCAAGGUUAUUUUACUGACGCACCAGAAAAUGUUAACAUGUAUUUAACUGAUCCAAAUUUUAUUGAACAAACUAUGAAACAGAGUGGUGAUGUUAAAGGAAUCUUAGAAUCUAUUUCUGAUUCCGUAACUAAGAAGCCAACUAAUUUUGAUGACUGUAUUGAAUGGGCAAGAUUAGAAUUUGAAAAGAAGUUCAACCAUGAUAUUAAACAAUUAUUAUACAAUUUCCCACCUGAUGCCAAAACAUCAUCUGGUGAACCAUUUUGGUCUGGUCCAAAACGUGCGCCAACACCAUUGACUUUUGAUAUAAAUAAUGAAGAUCAUUUCCAUUUUGUUGUUGGUGCUGCUAAUUUACGUGCAUUCAAUUACGGAUUGGAAGGUGACGUUACUGCACCAAAUAAAUCGCAUUAUGAAUCGGUCAUUAGCUCUUUGAUGGUUCCAGAAUUUUCAGCCAAUGUUAAUUUAAAGAUUCAAGUUAACGAUGAAGAUCCAGAUCCAAACGCUGGUAAUGUUCCAGACGAUUUGGACUCAUUAGCUGCUUCUUUACCAAAGCCUACAACUUUGAAGGGUUUAUCAUUACAACCAGUUGAAUUCGAAAAAGAUGAUGACACUAACCAUCAUAUUGAAUUUAUUUCAUCAUGCUCAAAUUGUAGAGCACAAAACUAUUUUAUUGAAACUGUUGAUCGUGCUAAAACCAAAUUCAUAGCAGGCCGUAUCAUUCCAGCUAUUGCUACGACUACCUCUUUGGUUACAGGUUUGGUUUUAUUGGAACUAUGCAAGGUUAUUGAUGCGAAGACAGAUAUCGAACAAUACAAGAAUGGGUUUGUUAAUCUAGCAUUACCAUUCUUUGGGUUUUCUGAACCAAUUGCAUCAGCCAAAGGUAAAUAUAACGACAAGGAGUAUGACAGAAUUUGGGAUAGAUUUGAUAUCAACGGUAAUCCAACCUUAAGUGAUAUUAUUAAAUAUUUUGAAACUGAAGAAAGUUUAGAAAUCAGUAUGUUGUCUUAUGGUGUGUCACUAUUAUAUGCAUCUUUUUUCCCACCAAAGAAGUUAAAGGAAAGAAUGAACUUAACAAUGAAAGAAUUAGUAAAGUUGGUUACUAAGAAAGAAAUUCCAAGCCAUGUUAGCACAAUGAUUUUAGAAAUCUGUGCUGAUGAUAAGGAAGGAGAAGAUGUCGAAGUUCCCUACAUUGUUGUCCAUCUUUAG